UCAAUGAAGAGAGUACAACGGUAAACCUUGACAAUGUAAAUAACAAACCAGACUGCGGAGAAAAGCCUUGCUUGAUGAAAUGCUGUCCAGACAAUCAUGUCAUUGAACGAUCUGAAAAUGAUUACAGUUGUGUGAAAGUAAAACAGAAUUACGAUUUUCCUAAUAUCAGAUUGGUCACUUACAAAGAAUACAAUAGUGUAUCGCCAACGAAUAAAACACUAAGCGAUAGCUUUGUUUUUGUGAGCCCUAAAAAGCCUUUAAACUUUACCGAUUACUUCUGCUAUCCCCUCGGUGUCAGAUUCCCUAAGAAAUCUCAUCACCUGGCUGUCGAUGGGACUUUUAUAGUGGAUAUCUUCAACUAUGCGCCCCACGAAAGAUGGACGUACCGGAAAUCCAACACAAUAUGUUUAAGCAAUAAGAUAAUUAAGAAAAGAAAUAAAAGGCUCAUCGUCUGUAUGAAAGCUGAGCCGGGCGAGACAACUGAAUCCCUUCACAUAACCGUGGGCAUGUUGAUAUCCUGCGUCUUCCUGGGCCUAGUUCUGGUGGUGUAUGCCCUACUGCCGAAGCUGAGGAAUCUUCGAGGACUAAUCCUGAUGUCAUGGGUGGCCAGCCUAAUGUUCGGUUUUCUGCUACACGCCACCCUCAACAUACUAACUGACACCGGCAACGCCUCUAGUCUAAUCUGCAACAACAUUACACUAAUAGCGUACUUCCUGAUACUAUCCAGCUUCUUUUGGCUAAACGUGAUGUCGUACGAUAUCUUCUGGACCUUCAGGGGCUUCGCUAAAGCUCGCGCGAUCAACCGGCGCGGCGAGUGGUGCAAGUACCUGACGUACUGCGUCUACUCGUGGGGCAUCCCGGCGGCGAUGACGGCGGCGAUGGUGGCGGUAGACCGCGCCGACCUGCAGCGCUGGCCCUGGCUCGUGCAGCCGCACAUCGACAACUUCUGCUUCCUGAUCGAGGCGAGCCGCUUCUACUACAUGCACGUGCCCAUGCUGGUGCUGCUGGCGAGCAACGCGCUGCUGUUCGUACUGACGGUGUACAACAUGGUGCGUAUGUCGCGCGGGCUGGGCCUGCUGGACCGCGCCGCCGCCGCCGCCGGCACCCCCGCCGCGCACGUCUCGCAGAAACAACGCUUCAUCCUGUACAUCAAGCUCUCAGUCGUGAUGGGAGUCAGUUGGAUUUUGGAAGUAGUGAGCGCCUUGAAGCCUGACGUGAAGCUGUUCUUGAUUUCGGAUGCGUACAACCUGGCUAUAGGAGUGAUUAUUUUCUACAUAUUCGUCUGCAAGGCGAGUAUUUGGAGACAGCUCCGUAUGAAGUUCGGCAAGCGCUACAAGUGGGGUCCGGGGGGCGCGCUGGACGUGUGGCGCGGGCGGUCGCGUCCGUCGUCCUCGGCCACGGCGUCCACGGCAUCCACGGCGUCCACGGCUAGCACGGAGGCCACGGAGAGUACCCACGUGUUUGUGGAGGUGCCGCUAGCCGUGUGCCACGCGCCGCACGGGCCGCACCGGUAUGACAAAAUGCAUCGAUACUAAGUACGGAAUUACUUGAUAAAUAUUGUAUUUUUAUUG